CCCUUUUUUAUUGAGCUUUUGUCACAAAUAUCUCAUUCUACUCUUCACUUGGCACCUUCAUUCUUUCUGCAGAGAAAGCAAUUGGAUUUUCAUGAUGCCUGGCGUUAAAGUUCAUCCAUCAUACACAGAGUCGGAGACAUUCAUUGAGGUGGAUCCGACGGGAAGAUACGUGAGGUACCCUGAGCUUCUAGGAUCAGGUUCAGUGAAGAGAGUGUACAGAGCAUUUGACAAAGAAGAGGGAAUAGAAGUGGCCUGGAACCAAGUGAGACUGAAGAACUUCAAGGAUGACCCUGUCAUGCUUCAUAGGCUUCACUCCGAAAUCAUGUUGCUAAAAGGCUUCUCCAACGACCACAUCAUUUCGCUAUUCGCAUCCUGGAAGGAUGACGUCAGCAACACUUUGAAUUUCAUCACGGAAGUGUGCAGCAGCGGCAGUAUGAGGGAGUACAGGAAGAGGCACAAGAAUGUCUCCAUGAAGGCUGUCAAGAAAUGGUCAAAGCAGAUUCUAGAAGGUUUGAAUUAUUUGCACACACACGAUCCCUGCAUCAUCCACAGAGACCUCAACUGCAGUAAUGUGUUUGUCAAUGGAAACACCGGCCAGGUUAAGAUCGGUGACUUGGGCUUGGCGGCGGUUGUGGGGAGGAGCCACUCGGCACAUUCGGUUCUGGGGACGCCGGAGUUCAUGGCGCCGGAGUUGUACUCGGAGAAGUACACGGAGAAGGUGGACAUAUACUCGUUUGGGAUGUGUGUGUUGGAGAUGGUGACGAGAGAGAUACCGUACAGCGAGUGUGAGAGUGUUGUGAAGAUAUACAAGAAGGUGACGUCAGGCGUGAGGCCGCAGUCGCUGAAUAAGAUUAAUAAUUCCGAGCUGAAGUCGUUCAUUCACAAGUGCAUCGCUCACCCGCCCUCUGCUAGACCUUCUGCUGCUCAGCUUCUUCGCGACCCUUUCUUUCAUGACCUUCAUGAGUCAUGACCAACAUUUAAAAUGCUAACUCUGCUUAUUCAUGUCCUACAUGUAUUAUAUGUGUUCUUUUCUUUCUAUCAUAACAUCGUUGGUGUCUUGAAAGGUUGGUUUUAUUAGUCCCUUUUCUUUUAGGUUGAUAAGUCAAUCAGUCAUAGGCUACAACAUGUAAAUUGUUUUGAUUCUUUUACCCUCUUUCUGAGGUUGUAAACUUGUAACAUAGGGGCUCAAGAUAGGUGAAAUACAGAGCAUU